AUGGAUCCAUACCACGACUAAAACAUGCAUGACCCACGCGGCUUCCCCAUCCACCCGCAGCCGUACCACCUCCACCCCACGGCCGGCGGCCUCGGCGAGGGCAGGAUGCGGGGCGGCGGGCGGCGGCGCCCCGGCGCCAAGCUCUCCACCGACCCGCAGAGCGUGGCGGCGCGGGAGCGGCGGCACCGGAUCAGCGACCGCUUCCGCGUGCUCCGCAGCCUCGUGCCGGGCGGCAGCAAGAUGGACACGGUGUCCAUGCUGGAGCAGGCCAUCCACUACGUCAAGUUCCUCAAGGCGCAGGUCACCCUGCACCAGGCCGCGCUCGUGCAGCACGAGGAGGGCUGCCAGCACGCCGACGUCGCCGCGGCGUUCUCCGCCGCCGACGCCGAUCUGGCCCUUGAGCUGAACCAUCGCCACGGCGGCGCCGGCGAUGAUGACGCCGGGAUGACGACGCUGGAGAUGGCGCCGAUGCAAGAGGCGGUGGGCUACGGCGACGGCCCGGCUCAUCAGAUGAUGCAGCAAGCGCUCGAUCCAGCGGGGCAGCUGAUGAUGGGCGGCGCUCAUCAGCUGCCUCCUUUGCCUUGCUGUGUCUUCGUCCAGGAGACUGACCCCUCGUGCUACUCGGUGUGCAAUGUCCACGGUGAGGAGUCUGGUGCGCAAGGAUCUUAUUAGCUAGCUAGUGAGACAGUGGCUUGCUUAGGUAGUUAAUUUCCUUAAGUAUGCUCGAAUAUUGGCUCUACCCACUAGCUGUCUAGCUCUACUUAGCUUACCUAGGUCGUCAACCAAUAUAUUACCGGUUGGUCAUGGUCCCUUAAAUUAGCUAGACUCUUGAUUUCUGUAAGAAUGCAUAUAUGCAUGCAUGGGGUUCUGUUGGAGCAAUGCAUAACAGAGCUUUGUUUUACAUGCAUGCGUGCAUGCUUCCUAGAUAUCAUUCUGAAAUCUGAACUUGUUUGCUCGAUCGCUUAA